CAGCUCAAAGAAGCUUGCAUGUUACAGGAAACAGACAAACGCGUCCUUUUGCAAAUGAAAGAAACCACCAUCAUGUCAGAGAACGACAACCAAAAAACCUUCACCAUGGAUUCUACUUUUCUCAAAUCCAGAAGGGGAAUAGUAAAAGUGGCAGAGACGGUGACCCUGUUUGUUUCAUUUGUGUGCUUCGCUACUGCCUCCACUCCAACAUACCUUGCAGCCACAGUGCUGGAGUUUCUGAUCACUGGACUUUUGCUGCUUUUCUACCAACUGAAACUCAACAAGAGGUUCACCUUCCUCUUUUGGCCCAUCGUUGAUGUUUUCAAUUCAGUGUUUGCAGCAGUCUACCUUAUUGUCUUGAGCCUAAUGGCUCUGACUUCAUACCCUAUCACAGGAUCCCUGGUUGGAGGGGCGGUGUGUCUAAUAUCAGCUGGACUUCUGUCUGCAGAUGGCUAUAUGCUUUUCAAGAACAUCACCUUCAACAAAUCAAGAAAUGAAACCAAGAAUCAAACCAAUGAAUGAAAAGUAGCUUGAUUUAAAUGAAAGAAGGCUCUAGAAUGUAGAAACUAAAGUUUAUCUGUUCUGUAUGUGGAGAUCAUUUCACACUUAUUGUUUUUUUCUGCUGCUCUUUCCUACUCAUAUAAAAAACAAUUAAAGUCCUUUCUUGCAAUAGUUACACUAAA